AUGGACCCAUGUAGGACCUCGACUGAUCUUAAGAUUUUGGGACUGCCCCUUGUGAUACAGGAAUUUGAUUCCUUAAAGCAUCAAUUGUCUUUGCCUUUUGCACGAGCUUCCUUUGUGGAUACGUUGGGUCUUGACAGCCUUAGGAGUGACCUAAGGCCUAGCCCUCUAAAUGGGCUUUGGAACAGCGCACUUGAUGAGGCUCUCACCAACAAUGAAAAUUUUUGGAAGCCUACUAGUUUGGUGCACGCAUUCCUGGUAGUUUCAAUCUUGUUGAAGAAAAUUGUAACUUGUGGUGCCAACAUUUAUCUGACUUCAAAGCUUUUUCUUGUGAGGGGAGGUGCAGCUGCACCUCCUUGUGCCUUUGUGGAUCUUCCAGUGGUGUUGGUCAAAGGCCCUUGUAUGCCUGAGUUCGAUUAG